AUGUUACCCCACCACAAAUCCAUCACACUCGCCGCCCUCUUCCUCGUCACACUCGCCGCCCUCGCCGGAUCAGGCCGGGGCUUCUACCUCCCCGGAAGCUACCCGCACAAGUACGGGAUCGGAGACUACCUAAACAUGAAGGUCAACUCGCUGACCUCCAUCGACACCGAGAUCCCCUUCAGCUACUACGACCUCCCCUUCUGCCGCCCCAAGGACGGUAUCAAGGACAGCCGGGAGAAUCUCGGCGAGCUCCUCAUGGGCGACCGGAUUGAAAACUCUCCCUACCGAUUCAAAAUGUACACCAACGACACCGAAAUUUUCAUCUGCCAAACCAAACCUCUCUCGGCCGACGAGUUCAAGCUCCUCGCCAAGAGGAUAGACGAGAUGUACCAGGUCAACGUCAUCCUCGACAAUCUUCCGGCUAUCCGGUACACCAAAAAGGAUAACUUCAUGAUGAGGUGGACAGGGUACCCGGUUGGUGUCAAGGUCCAGGACACUUAUUACAUAUUCAAUCACCUCAAAUUCACAGUUCUUGUUCAUAAAUAUGAGGAGACGAAUGUGGCUAAUGUUAUGGGCACUGGGGAUGCAGUUGAGGUUCUCCCCACGGUCAAGAAUGAAGGUUUGAAUGCCCCCGGGUACAUGGUUGUCGGGUUCGAGGUGGUCCCAUGCAGCUUCCGGCACGACCCGAACUCGUUGAAAAAUUUGAACAUGUACGAUAAAUACCCGGUCCCGAUCAACUGUGAUCCAGGCACGGUGGCCAUGCCCAUAAAGGAAAACGAGCCUGUCUCCUUCACGUACGAGGUCUCUUUCGUUGAGAGGGAUGACAUCAAGUGGCCGUCCAGGUGGGACGCGUAUCUCAAAAUGGAAGGGGCGAAAGUGCACUGGUUCUCGAUUUUGAACUCACUCAUGGUGAUCACGUUCUUGGCCGGUAUAGUGCUCGUCAUUUUCCUGAGGACCGUCAGGCGGGACCUCACCCGAUACGAAGAGCUCGACAAAGAGGCCCAAGCCCAGAUGAAUGAGGAGCUCUCGGGAUGGAAACUCGUUGUGGGAGACGUGUUCCGGGCCCCGGCCAGCCCAUCUCUCCUCUGCGUGAUGGUGGGUGAUGGUGUCCAAAUACUCGGGAUGGCUGUUGUUACGAUUCUCUUUGCUGCCCUAGGGUUUAUGUCUCCUGCCUCUCGGGGGACUUUGAUAACCGGCAUGCUGUUUUUCUACAUGGUGCUUGGGAUUCUUGCCGGGUAUGUGGCUGUUCGCAUGUGGCGAACCAUUUUCUGUGGGGAUAAAAAGGGAUGGGUCUCGGUUUCGUGGCAGGCCGCGUGUUUUUUCCCCGGGAUCUCGUUUGUGAUCCUCACGACUCUCAAUUUUCUAUUGUGGGGCAGCCACAGCACUGGCGCAAUCCCGUUUUCCCUGUUUGUCGUGCUCGUCUUACUCUGGUUCUGUAUCUCGGUCCCACUCACGCUCGUGGGUGGGUAUUUCGGUGCACGGGCGCCCCAUAUCGAGUAUCCCGUCCGGACCAAUCAGAUUCCUCGUGAAAUCCCGCCUCAGAAGUACCCAUCUUGGCUUUUGGUUCUUGGGGCAGGCACACUUCCUUUCGGGACGCUUUUUAUUGAGCUCUUCUUUAUAAUGUCGAGCAUUUGGAUGGGACGGGUUUAUUACGUGUUUGGGUUUUUGCUCAUUGUUAUGGUGCUUUUGGUGGUGGUAUGUGCUGAGGUGUCGCUCGUGCUAACGUACAUGCAUCUCUGUGUGGAGGACUGGCGGUGGUGGUGGAAGUCGUUUUUCGCCUCGGGCUCGGUUGCUAUAUACAUUUUUCUCUACUCGGUCAACUAUCUGGUGUUUGACCUCAAGAGUUUGAGUGGGCCCGUCUCGGCCACGCUUUAUCUCGGGUACUCGCUGUUUAUGGUGCUUGCGGUUAUGCUGGCGACAGGUACGGUCGGGUUUCUUUCCUCGUUUUGGUUCGUGCACUAUUUGUUUUCAUCGGUGAAGCUGGAUUGA